AUGAGUUAUUAUGGCAACUAUCCAGCUCAUCACGGCUAUGGCGGAUAUCAACCAAACAUGAUGCAACCUCCACAACAGCAACAACAACAAUAUGAAGAUGAAGAGGAUCAUGGAAAUAAUGUUGCUGACGAAUCCGAUGUUAUUCCAACUCAUUUUAGACAAUUGAGAGCUUGUUUGACUUGUGGUCUUGUUAAAACUACUGAUCAAUUUAAACAAAAUGGAUGCGAAAAUUGUCCAAAGGAUAAUGAUACGCUUUCUAAUACAACAACAUCAUUUGAAGGAUUAAUUACAUUGAUGAAUCCACAAAAGAGUUGGGUCGCUAGGUAUCAAAACUUGCAAGACAAAGUUGAAGGAGUUUAUGCAAUCACUGUUCACGGACAACAAAAUUAA